AUGAGUACUUUACAUAAAAAUUGUCUUGCACAGCCUGGGCGUAAAAAAGUUCAAAUUUCAUUUGUUAUUCGUGAUGAAGAAGAACGUAGACAUAGAGCUGGAAUUAAUUCUUUGCAGUUAGAUUCCAAACAAGGAAUAUUAUAUUCUGCUGGUCGAGACGGAAUAAUACGACAAUGGGAUGUCCGAGAUAAUGUUGAAGCUACAUAUUUACGGUCAUUAGAACAUCAUACUGAUUGGGUUAAUGAUAUUGUUUUAUGUUGCGGUGGAAAUUAUUUAAUUUCUGCAAGUUCAGAUACCACUGUUAAAUUAUGGGGACUUCGAAAAGAAAAUACUUGUUUAUCAACCUUACGAACUCAUAAAGAUUAUGUUCGAGCUUUAGCAUAUGCUCGUGAUAAAGAAGUAGUCGCGUCUGCCGGGUUAGACAAGACAAUAUUUAUGUGGGAUGUUAAUAUGUUGACUACUUUAACUACUACUAACAAUACUGUUACAACGGCUUCCCUGCCUGGUAGCAAAAACUCUAUAUACAGUUUGGCAAUGAACAAUAGUGGUACAGUUUUAAUUAGUGGAAGUACAGAAAAAGUCUUACGAGUAUGGGACACAAGGACAAGUGACUGUAUGAUGAAAUUAAUAGGUCAUACAGACAAUGUAAAAGCUUUAGUUGUAAAUCGUGAUGGUACACAAUGCCUAUCGGGUAGUUCAGAUGGAACUAUUAAAUUAUGGUCCUUAGGACAACAACAAUGCAUUCAAACUCUAAGAAUUCACAAAGAAGGAGUUUGGGCAUUAGCAGCAACUGAAAAUCUUUCCCAUGUCGUAUCUGGUGGUCGUGAUAAAAAAAUUUAUAUGACAGAUUUAAAAAAUCCUAAUAGGGUUCAACUUAUAUGUAAUGAGUCUGCUCCAGUUGUGAAAAUGGUUACAACGCCUGAUAUGAGUGCUAUUUGGGUAGCCACAUCUGAGUCCUCAAUUAAUUGCUGGCGAUUAAAAAAAAGUGAUGAAACAGCUGAUUUUGAGGAUGUUCCAACAGAACCAUAUAAUCAAGAACCAUUUAGAACACUUAAAGGAGCUGCUGCUAUACGAAAAUACCAUGUACUGAAUGAUAAACGAACUAUACUGACACAAGAUACAGAAAAAAAUGUUGCGGUUUAUGAUGUCCUUAAGGCUUCUAAACUUCAAGAUUUAGGUGAAGUCGAUUUUGAUGAAGAAAUAAAAAAACGACAUCGUGUAAUAUAUAUACCAAACUGGUUUAGUGUUGAUUUAAAAACAGGGAUGUUAACAAUUCAUUUGGGACAAGAUGAAAAUGAUUGUUUUGCGGCUUGGGUUUCUGCUAAGGAAGCAGGAAUUAAUGUCACAGAUGAUAAUUUAAGGGUAAAUUAUGGAAAUCGGAUGUUGCGAUCACUGUUAGAAAAUUGGCUUAAUCGUAUUCAAACAGACCAUGGAUCUUCUGAUGGAGCCCAGUCUACAGAACUCAAUGCUCAGACAAAAUUAGAUUCUCAGUGUUGUAGAAUUCCUAAACAUACACCACUUAUGAUAAGUGAAGUUGGUGGUCGCUGUCUGUAUAGAAUGUUAGUCAGCCAGGCUGGAGAUGAAAACGAUGUAUCAAUUUUAAAUGAAACUAUUCCUUCUUGGGUUAUGAAUGUUAUUGUUGAAAAAAGUAUACCUAAAGCCCUCAAGAUAUCAUUUUAUCUCGUGCCUCUAUCAAAUACUUGUAUUAGGCCUGUAAAAAAUGGUACUCUUCGUCCAAGUCGAGACCGCUUAGUGGCAAAUGACUUUAUUCAAGUCCAGAAAAUAGCUGAGUAUAUCCAUGAAAAGUUAUCUGAAAAUGAUGGAAGUAGUCCAUAUAAUAAAACUUCAGAUUGCAUAAGUAAUCAUCUACAAGGAAAUACACCAGAGAAAAAUUUUGAAUUAAGUUGUAACGAUCAAAUACUUUCUCCUACAAUGGAUUUAAGGACUUUGAAACAUUUCAUUUGGAAAUCUUCAGCUGAUUUAACAAUAUACUUCAAGGCCAAACAUUAAAAAGUAAUUUUUACUUCAUGGUAUAUUUUAAAUUAUUAUCUUCUUAUUCUUUAUUUAUUUAG